CCUCUGUUUGUAACUUGGAAGAUUGACAAUGGCCGUGAAAGAGGCCGCACACUGAGAGGCUGUAUAGGUACAUUUACUGCAAUGCGAUUGCAUAAAGGUCUUAGAGAUUAUACCUUGUCAAGGUAAGACUAAGCAUAUACGCCGAGGUUGGGUACUCCCAUAAAUUGAGCACUCCAGAAAAUACCAUAACACACCAUAAUGCUCUUUGUUUGUCACCCCAAAGUUUUUGCAUAAGCAUUGUCUUCAAUUUCUCUUGGGAGUUAAAAUGGCCCCAAGAGAAACUGAAAACAAUGCUUAUGCAAACUUUUGGGGUGACAAGCAAAGAGCAUUUUGGUAUGUUAUGGUAUUUUCUGGAGUGGUCAAUUGAAUCAUUAUAGUUUUAAACUACUCAGCUACCCCUUCCCUAAGCCAAAAUUUUGCUUUAAAUGAGAAGUACAUGUAAGUGUUAAUAUUGGCCUAAGGGAGGGUAGGUGGGCAGUUUGUCAGAAAUGUAUGAUCCCAUAAAUUAAGGACAGGUGUAUGCCGCCCAGGGUCCCUACCUUGAUCCUGUUUAAGGAUGAGACAAGUAAAAACAAUAUAUUUUGAUACCCUAUUCAAGGCCCAAACCCAGAAAAUGACACCUUAUUCAAAGGAAAAACAAAAUCUAAGAAUUCAAUGGUGUGAACUAUUUAAUUAAUACUUCUUAUGCACCUGCAAAUACCUUUGGGAUAACUCAAUUUUAAGAUGAUCUUGUUUCUUGUGUAGCUAGACCUAAAGAGUAAGCACUUUAAGGAUCAAAUCCCUUUGCUGUCCCUAUAGCUGAUAGUUCACCUUUGGAAUAAACCAUCACUUAAUUGUUCCCGUUGAUAUUGUAUAAACUUAAGUUCUAAAUGAAUGAAUACCUUUCUCUUCCUCUUUUUACAGUGCCCUGAGGGAUACCCGAUUUUCUCCUGUAACCAAAGAGGAACUUUCCCUCCUAUACUGUUCUGUAUCCGUCUUGACCAACUUUGAGGAAAAUGUUAACUGUCUAGACUGGGAAGUAAGUGCCCUCCAUGUCUAUGCUAUAGGUCGUAAUGGAAUUCAGGUUAAAAUGGUCUCAACCCAGGUUGAUUCUUAAUUUCCUUUGUUUCUCAACCAACGUUACCAAAAUAAACUUUUUGACAAGUGUACGUGUAUGUUUUAUUUUCUCAAGUCACCCAAUACCACAAGAUGUUCUCAAGGAAAUUUGUAUCUUUUGUUUACAUAAUGGGUACAUAUGCAUGUGAAAGAGAUGACAUUUGAAAGACACAGUUACAUCAUGUGGUUUUGAAAUUGGGUAGAAAACAUAUAAGCUGAAAAGGUCUAUUCUAUUUUUAGUCAUAAGAAAUUCAUAAAGUAAAGUGAGGAGAAACUUUAUGCUUGUUAUUUUAUAAGUGGUAUAAUCUUCAUUCCAUAUCAGCUGGAAUCCAAGUUUUUACUCCACAGUACAGGGCCCGAAAAAAACUUGAAUUCCAGCUUGUUCUUUGGGCAAGCAGGUCUCACAUUUUACUUGCCAGAGGCCACUUCUUGCUUGUCUUAGUUAAUGAUUUUGUUAGAGGAUGACUCCCUGGGACCCUUGUCCAUUGGGCAAGGAAGCUUUAAAAGACACUCUCCUAGCAAGAAAAGCAACUUGUCCCAGACUACCAGACAUGACUUUGCAAAAGACAGGGAAGUCAUAAACAAACACAUGAUUAAUUUCAACUCAGUUCAAUAAUACCAAAUGUUGUCGAGAAUGAAGAAUAAUUGGAUAAAAAUGAUAACAGCCGAUUUGCGUAAAAUAGGUCUUGAAAUCAGGGAAUGACAUUUCAGAGAAUUCAGCUCCUAUAUAUCCUAGCAAGGGCAGGGCCAUGUCCCUCAUUCAACUACCCCUCCUCCCCCCCCAAGGAAAGUGUGCCUCUGGGGCCGUUUUGGCCCUACCGGCCAUGAAUGGUCUCCUUUCUGCUGAAAUUAAAGGAGAACACUGCUUGUGGCAGCUAGCUGUAGAACAUUAAGAGAAAGAGACCUACCUAUUCAAGACCUACAAGAUGCAAGUGUAUAAAAAUAUUUGCUUUGUACAAGCACCCAAGAUAUCUAUGUAUGUACUUUAAAAAAUUAAUAUUGAAAUUAUUGAUUUGUUAGAUUGGUGUGCAUGGUAUACGGAUUGAGUUUUACAAUGAAAAAGGUCAUCAUCGUACAGCCACAUACCUUCCUGAAGUAGCCAAAGAACAAGGUUGGUAA